CUUAUUUUUGUUUGUGCAGCGAUCUGAAAAUGUCCAGCGCUGAGCUGUCUGGCUGGGAAGCAUCCAAGCCGUAUCGCGUGCUCCUCUACUUUGUAUCGCUUGUGAUUUGCCUCGUUGUCUGUCUGUGGUUGUGCCGAAAUGUUCAAGAAAUUGCCCAAAGUAAGCGCCGACGCCUCGUUCAAGCCUAUCUCGCGAUCGCACUUGUCGCGCUUGCAUUGACGUGGUACAACAUUCUCUCGUUCCUGCAUGUGGAUUACGCACGCUACCGCGAUGUUGAUGCCUGGCUGGCCAAGUCCGAGUUCAUGGUCAAUGCAUAUGUGACGGUCUCAGACACGACCGAGGGCUGGUUUUGGUCGUCGCAGCUGUUGCUGUUCACGACCGUCUUCAUCGUCAUGCUCGUCGUGCAGAGCCGUCGCCAUGCGCAGCCCGUCUGGCACACAGUGGCAUACGUGUGGCUUGGCUUUGGCGGGGCGAUCAGCGUUGCGUUCGCCCUCUUUGCCUGCCGAUUGCAAGCGCUGCGUGCGGUCGUCAAGGCUCCCGCCAACGGCAAGAAGGAACCACCAACGACACGGGCUCAGCAGACUGGAACUGGAGGUGGCGCGCUCGGCGGGUUGAGCAUGGUGGCGCUCACUGCAUUGAUUCUCGCUUCGGUUGGGUCGAUUUUCUGCUUCCCGCUGUACGCUGGCACCCGCUGGUUCAAGUUCCACCUCUUGUUUGUGCAUCUUGCGCUUGCCCUCCCUGCCGUGCUCCCAGCAGCGAAGGGGUCGUCGUCGUCGUCGUCAGUGCAGACACCCUCCCGCUCGUACAUUUUGCUCCUCGCCACGAUCGCGUGCCUGUCGUUGGGCCACCAUCUCGUACUGUGGCGCGCCUUGCUGAGUGGCCCAGGCGCGUUUGACACUAUGACCCUCCUGCAUGCGGGCUUUGCUCACUUUUGCCAAGCCGGCAUUUCGUGGGAUGCUGUUUUUGUGACUUUGCUGGCGACCCUAUUUGCUGGUAUUGAAAGCGGAGUGUUGGUCUCAGCAAGCGUAUUUGUUGGGAGCGUCGUCUUGUCGCCAGCUGUCGCGUUUGCCCUAUUUCUGAUCCGCAGCGAGAUGGCGCAGCAGCAACACGCCAAGAAGCAAUAACACAACCCCUUUUGAUUUUUAGAUGAAUACUGAUGCAUUUUCGCGCAUUUCCAAAGUUAUUCAAUAACAAUUACAGAUGACACACAAACG